AUGCAAUUAGCUCCUUCUCCAGUACAAAUUCAUUCAUCCUUGACUCCUGCGCCGGUACUACUCAGCACAAAACCACAAGUUAAGGUCAAAAAGACAUCAAUUCUACCCCGUGCUUCCGCCCUUGCUCAACCGAGUAACCAGCAGACCGAAAACACACAACAGUCAACAAAGACUUCUUUACUGUCUCAACAGAAAAGAAAGCCAAAGGCACCGAACAAGGGAACCGACCGACUCCUUUCUCCCCGCAAAGCAUCUUCAGGUGACCCGUCGAAUUCGAACCGCAUGUCUCCAAGUGAAGUAUCGGUAAACGUUUUGGAUUCCGCGCAAAGAUUUCAUACGCCUUCACGUCGUUUGUCCAACGUUUCCAGCGCCUCUUCAUCAUCGAGUAACCUGUCGAGCACUCGAAGCCGAACUCACUCAGGAAUUAAUUCUUCGGCUAGUUCAUCGAUAACAAAUGUUCCCGACGUUCCCGAUCUUCCGUCUUGGUUACAACAAUCGAAGAAUUCCACCUCGUCAGGAGUACCUUCAUCACCUAAUCGAAAAUCUAAUAGUAGUAGUAGUAAAAAACCCAAGGAUGGAAAAUCAGAAACCACAAAACUGUUGGAACUGUUGGACUCCGCUCAGCUUGAUCAAUCGUCGACCACCUCUUCUUCGUCCACCGCACCUCGCAGGAAGUCCAGCCACAAGAAGAGUAAAGGGGAACCUUCUUCCUCAUCAAGUACGAAAGAUUCAUCAACUGAAACUACUACUUCGUCGAAACAGUCAAAGAAGAGCAAAUAUAAAGCUGCUACGGAAGAAGCAUUGAAGCAAUUUAAUGAUCUACAGCUUGUGGAAAGUAAGAUUGCGAGUCAAACCAGCGAGGUGAUGGCUAGGAUGAAGAAUCUGUUUCAAAAUAAGCAACCCAAUAUUACUAAAAAUGAUGAAAGUGAUGAUGAUCAUUUUGGAUAUUCGUUGGACGAGGAACCACAAAGCAAAUAUACUCUCUUGGGAACUGAAAAAUCAAAGAUAGCGUCGUCAGUUUCAAAACGUCCAACCGGUACUCAACCGGUACCCAUCAAACAACCGUUGGUUCGUCGUACCAGUGUUCAGGAUAUUGUGAAACCGAUGACCACUAACAACCCUUCAAUCGCUCACCUCUCGACUUCCUAUGAUCCGAGAAGAAGGGCCAACACCUUGAUGGAUGGUUCGGUGCUUGGUAACCUUACAAAACCAGGUAAUUGGGGUCAUAAUCGAUUCGCUAGUGAUAGUGCCGGUGUUGGGGUUGCUUUGACGACGGGUGCGCGGGUGGAUGUGGCGAAUAAUAAGAAGUCUCUGAAAAGUUCACGUUCGGAAGAGAGACUUCGUCAAGAUAAACCAAAGAGUAAGGAAAAACGAAAAAAUUUGAAAACUUCGUUGGAAACAAAAAAUCUUGCAAUGGAACAGUUGGAACAAUUGGUUUCAUACAACGAAUUCACUUCGAAACGAACCAAUAACACCAGUUCCAAGCAAUUCGGUGGUAGUCUAAUAAAUUUGAACUGUGAUGAUGAUGAUCUUCGAGCGUAUAAUCGAACACCAUCACCUUUACUUCCCGAUGUUGGAAAACCAAAAACCAUGCCAAUAGCUCCACCACCCUCAACUUUGUCUUCAAGAUUGCCGCCACCAAUUUCUCUUCGUAACAUGAGUCAUAGUAGUGUUGAACAUUUUUCACCGCUGUCUAAAAAUAUUCAGGGUAUGUUCUCUAAAACAGAACUAGAUAUUCUAGAUACGAGCGGCUCGAUUUCUUCCGUCACCAACGCCAAUCACAAACGACGAAAGUCUAACGUGAACGCUGCCUCCACCUCAUCACCAAAUUCUCCAACUCAGUUAUCGCCGAAGGCCUCCAGUAGAACCACCACACCCACCAUUGCACUGCACCGGCUAUCUCACCCGCCACCCUCGAAAGACGCACAACCUCCACCACCCGUGCCCUCCGUGCCUCCAAGCAUGCUUCCGCAACCUCGGAUGAUGAGGGCCAACGAUGAGAUUCCGCCUGUGCCUGCGUUGCCUGUUUCGAUAAUGAAAGACUUGGGUGCGACAAACAGUGAAAAGAAGAACGUGUUAAUCACCUCCACAAAAAAUGAUGAAUUUUCGUCACGUGAAAGAAAAGACAACAAAAGUACUGAUGGCCAUAAGAAGAAAACAAGGCCGAGGGGAACGAUGACGAGCCAACAGCAGACUGAUAAGAUCAUCAGGCGACAGACACUUCCUGCAAAUAUGGCUGCCCCGGCCCAACUCGCUGCUCUCACGUUACCUCCCUUCAAUGUUCCGGCAUUACCGCCGAACGUGAAAAUACCAACGCACUCCAACCCAAAUAUCAAAUCGAAGACCCCCACAUCUAACCUGAGAAUACCGCCCACUACGCCCACUUCUGUGUCUUCUUCCUUCUCAAAGAUUCCCACGCCAACGCUGAUUCAGCCUAGAACUCCGAAAUUCGGAAACAGGUUGUCAUCUCCCAGCGGAAAAGGACUGAUGUCGUCGAAUUCAAAGGUUGCGCCGGUAUCACCCAGCAAACAAUCAUCCGACUCAAAAUCCUCAAAGGGAACCUUACACAGCAACAGCAGUGGUACGUCACUGCCUUUAUCGGGCAGGAAGAGCGCCACGACACCUAGCAAAAGCAAUGAGAAAGCAAACGGUCAAGUCACGAGGUCACUUUCAAAACGUCAAAGAAGACUGUCAAGUACAAUCGCCAGCAUAUUUUCUUCAAGUAGCAAAAGCAGCAAUAAUAGCAGUUCUACCUCAAAGACUCCUACAAACAAUGGCCUUUCAACGAGUUCAAUUAUAGGUACCCGAAAACCCAGAACUACUUCUCAACCUGCCCUAAUUAGCUCACCAGUGUCGUUGAAACCUCCUUCUGGCUCUUCACAUCAAAUGGAAGUAGACUCUUCCUCUUCUUCCGCUAGUACUCCCAGCGGCUAUAACAAGGUUUCAAACUAUCCAGAAGAGGAUCACGUUACCAGCAGUGAAGAAGAGAUAAGCAUGAGUCCUAGUGUAGCGCUGAAAGCUUAUGCGCCAUACCUAUCUUUGUACGAGCGCACCGAAAUAAUGUCCUAUCCUGAGAUCUAUUAUGUUGGACAUAACGCUUCAAAAGCUGCUGCAAGUCCUGAACUAACCGGUUGUAACUUUGGGUUUGACGACGCACGGGGCGAUUACUUGGUUGUCACCGGUGAUCAUCUGUGCUACCGUUACGAGAUCGUUGACAGUCUCGGCAAGGGUUCCUUUGGGCAAGUGCUCAAAUGUUUAGAUCAUAAGACAGGGGAAUAUGUUGCCGUGAAGAUUAUCCGUAACAAGAAGAGGUUCCAUUGUCAGGCACUAGUCGAAGUUAAGAUAUUAGAAAACUUGAACAAUUGGGACCCCGAGGAUUCUCAUAAUAUUAUACGCAUGGAAGAUCAUUUCUACUUCCGAAACCACCUCUGUAUUGUUUUUGAACUCCUUAGCAUGAAUCUCUACGAGUUCAUCAAAAGCAACGGCUUCCAAGGAUUCAGUCUUGGAUUAAUAAAAAGAUUCUGCGUUCAACUACUUAAUUCCCUGUCGAUGCUUCAGAGGCACAACAUAGUACAUUGCGAUCUGAAGCCAGAGAACGUACUACUCAAACAUCCUACCAAGAGUAGCAUAAAGGUUAUUGAUUUCGGUAGCAGUUGCUUCGAGAACGAAAAAGUUUACACAUACAUUCAAAGUCGAUUUUACCGAUCUCCUGAGGUCAUACUGGGGAUGACGUAUAAUAUGGCAAUAGACAUGUGGAGUUUGGGAUGCAUACUCGCCGAACUUUAUACAGGUUAUCCGCUGUUCCCUGGUGAGGGUGAACAAGAACAGUUGGCUUGCAUUAUGGAAGUUCAAGGCGUGCCGGAGCGCUAUCUCAUCGAAAAGAGCACCAGGAAAAAGCUAUUUUUUGAACCAAAUGGAAAUCCCAGAAUAGUUACAAAUUCAAAAGACAAACGUCGACGACCGGCGUCGAAGACGUUGGCAAGUGUCCUGAAGUGUCAGGACGAGGUCUUCUUAGACUUCAUAUCUCGAUGUCUCCAUUGGGAUCCCGAAAAACGUAUGAAGCCUGACGAAGGAUUAAUGCACGAAUGGAUCACCGAAGUCAAGCUUAGCACCAAGAACUACUUCACAAAUUACGAUCUCAUGAGAAGGCAAAGUCCAUCGCUGAUACCACCAUCUACCAGCAGUGCGUCUUCGAGGCAAAACAAUUCCUCGAGCACUCGUGCAAAUCAGAUCGCCUCGCAGUCAAGUUCGUACGGGAUCCAAAAGAAUUACACCACUUCUUCAGCGGCUGGCUCCAUUCAUUUUACUUCUAGUUCACAAGCCUCCACACGCAGCAAUGGUUUAAAGCAGCAAUAUGGAACCUCGCUUCCAAUAUCGUCUGGUAGGAAUGAUGGAAGUAACAUAACG